ACCGACAAUGGCUGACAGAUGUCCAGAAGAUCCGGAAGCUGCAGGAGAACGUGUUUGUGGGUCUGCAGCGAUGUCUGCAGAAAGAGGGCGUGUCAGAAGAGAAGCUAGCCAAGAUGGUGUCCAAGCUUCCCAUAAUGAGGUCCAUUUGCAACCUACACAUUGACAAGCUGGAGUUUUUCCGUCUGGUUCACCCUGAGACGGCGUACACUUUUCCUCCUUUGUACCGAGAGGUUUUCGGCAGUGAAAUCAGUUUCCCGGACUCCACAGAGGGCUAGUUUAAGUUAAUGGCAUGACUAAGGUAGUGAUGCAGAGAGGUAUUUAGAGGAAGAUAAAAACGUGUGGCAGCCAUUUGAAGUAAAACCAACCAGUAGCCCAUUGACUGUCCUGCACGUUCCACUUUGGCACACUCUCCUCCACACGUCUGCAGCCCAACAAACACAUGUGCAGUAGCGUUCACUGCCCUGCGAGCCAACCCUUUCAACUUUACACAACGAGGACUGCUGCAGGAGCGUCAGUGCCCAUUACCUCCUUUUUAAAGAAGUGAAGAAAUCAUUGAAGUGUUUCACAGUUUGAUAUUUUUCUAUAAGACUCCUUAAACUGCUCAGCAAAUUCAAAUCCUUUCUAAUUUGAUCACAGCUCCGGUAUAAGAUUGAUGAAUGUAUCCCCUUCUUGCUGUAACCAUCCAUCCCAGCCUAAGGCUUGAAACAGAAUGUAUGACAAAAAAUCCUCACCCGCUUUGGGAAAUCUUGCUGUAACAAUGUCCAUUCUAGGUGUCAGGUCUGGAAAUGGUUGUUGUUAUUUUCAACGUUUCCGAUAGUUUUCUUUUUCUUUUCUUUUUUGGCAUGAUCAAACUGUUUUAAGGGACCAGGAUCAAAGUCAACGAUAAAAUAUAAAAUACAGCACUUACAGAUAUAUUUACAGGCACACUAUUACACAAUGGUGAACUGUGAGUUAUUUUUUGUUUGAUUUUCUCUAUCAGUGACCUCACUCCAAAUACCUUUUCCCUCUGCUUAU